AUGAAUGAGUCCAGCAACUGCAAUGUCACAAGUCUAGGACUGUAUCACCAUGUUCGUCUCAUGGAAUUUGUUCUGUAUAACCUCAUUUUCUUUUUUGGAGCACUAUUUAAUGUUCUUGCCCUCUGGGUUUUCUGUAAGAUGAAGAAGUGGACAGAAACCAGGGUGUAUGCAAUCAAUUUAGUCUUUGCAGACUGCUUCGUCGUCUGCACCUUGCCUUUCAUGACUUAUUUUCUCUGGAAUAAAUCAGCUCGAGGUGAGCUCUGCCAGUUUAUAGAGGCAAUGUAUCUUAUCAACAUGGUCAUGAGCAUCUACAUCAUUUCAUUUAUCUCCAUCGACCGAUACAUUGCCAUAAAGUAUCCCCUGAAAGCCAGGACCCUCAGGUCUCCUUCCAAGGCUGCCCUUCUCUGUGGGCUUCUUUGGGUCUCUGUGAUAAUUGGUGUCACCUCAGACUGCCAGCAGAGACAGGCUGCUCUUUGUUUUGAUAGUGAUACCACUGCUCCCACUCUGUCAUUGUUUUGCCUCGGGUUUACUCUGCCGUUAGUAAUCUCGACAAUUUGCUCCACAGUAGCAAUCAGGAACCUUAAGGGACAUCUGAGCACAAACCCAUCAGACAAGAAAUUAAUCCAGAGAGCUGUUCACAUUAUUUAUGCAAAUCUGAUUUCAUUUCUGAUAUGUUUUCUGCCAGCCUACCUUGUGGUACUUGCUAAGUUCAUAAUACAGAGUGUUGGAGCUACCUGUUUCCUGCUCCAAGUUGUGAAGAACUUCUCCUCAGUGACAAGGUGUAUUGCCACAUCCAACUGCUGCCUGGAUAGUGUCUGCUACUAUUUUAUGACAAAGGAGUUCCAUGAAGCUCUUCUACUGCCCAAACCAGCUCUGAAAAAAACAGAUCAAAUCCAACCUUUGCAGACACACACUUGUUAA